AUGUCUACCACUACCGACAAGCCCAUUACACUUUACACGGCUGGCACUCCUAACGGCCAUCCAGUUUCAGUCAUUCUUGAAGAGUUGAAGGCGAUUAACCCUGCCGUUGACUACAAUGUCGUCAAAAUCGACAUUUCAAAGAACACCCAGAAAGAGGAUUGGUUUAUCAAAAUGAAUCCUAACGGAAGAAUCCCUGUGAUAGUCGACCAUGCCCGUAACAAUUUCCCCGUCUUUGAAACAUCCGCCAUUUUGCUCUACCUUGCCCAACACUACGAUAAAAACCAUGAAUUCUGGUUCGAUGCGGAGAAGGAUCCUGACAACUACAGUGAACUGUUACAGUGGAUAUUUUUUGCACACGGGGGUGUAGGCCCAAUGCAAGGUCAAUCCAACCAUUUCAACCGAUAUGCACCGGAAGAUAUUCCAUACGCCAAGAAGCGCUACCUUGAAGAGACGAAGCGCCUUUAUGGCGUACUUGAGAUACGUCUGAAGGACCGUGAUUAUCUUGCAGGUUCCGGGAGGGGAAAGUAUACUGUUGCUGAUAUCAAAACGGUUACCUGGGUCCGCAUCCAUAAAUUUGCGGGAGUCGAGGACCUUGAGGCCUGGCCGGCCGUCAAGGCAUGGGUGGCCCGAUGCUUGGAAAGGCCUGCAGUCCAGACGGGUAUUCAGAUUCCCUAA